UUUAGUAAAGAAUUUUGAGGACGUGCGCAGUCGCCGUAGGCAGUGACAUCAAAUGUGUCAAGUUUGCGGUGUCAGUUGAGAGAUUCCUCACACUGUUAUCGUUUUUAUCAGUUUGGUUCGGUAGGUGGAUCAUUAAAAUUAAAGGGGAAUCAUGGCUGACACGACGGUGGAUGCAACGCGGCGUUUAAACGUUAAAAAACAAACGCUAGACGACGCGUAUGCGGCGCCUGCAAACUUUCUCGAAAUCGACGUGAUCAACCCGAUCACUCACGGCGUCGGCAAAAAACGAUACACCGAUUACGAGGUUCGAAUGAGGACCAAUCUCCCUGUAUUCAAAGUCAAAGAAUCCAGUGUUCGAAGACGAUAUAGCGACUUUGAAUGGCUCAGGAACGAAUUGGAACGAGAUAGCAAGAUAGUGGUACCACCUCUGCCAGGUAAAGCAUGGAAACGGCAGAUGCCAUUUCGCGGCGACGAUGGAAUCUUUGAAGAGGACUUUAUCGAGGAUCGUCGGAAAGGUCUUGAAGUUUUUGUAAACAAAAUAGCUGGCCAUCCAUUGGCACAAAACGAACGAUGUCUGCAUAUGUUCCUGCAAGAGCCGGUUAUAGAUAAGAACUAUGUUCCUGGCAAAAUAAGAAACACGUAAACCUGAUCGUCGCAUCAAGUCAAUUACCUAGCUACGAAAACUUCAAGAUCUUGAUAUUUCCCCCGCCCAUAUCAAGGGUGAAAAUAAUAUUCAAUUGUAAAUUCUAUUGGCACGAAUUGAGCUCUUGAAUAUUGCGAUUAUUCUUUUCGAAUUAUUACUGUUACUGUUUGCAAUUACGAUCAUUUUUAUUUAUCUACAUUGAUAUUAUAGAACAUAAAAUAAAAGAUAAUAUUGUGAUAAAAACAAAGAAAUAAGGAAAAAAAAUCGAUAAAAAGAACUCACAAGCUCACCAAAGUAAUUAUUGCAUCAACCGAGUUAACCACCAACGGGUCUGGUACACGCAAAUUACUUAUAUACAUGAUUGCACUAAUGGUAAUUUAUUUGGUAUAAAUGGAAAAUGAUUUCAACGUUACAUUCGUGGCACUUGAAAUUCUCGGACCCACGUAAUUUAUCUGACCACAUGACCAAUGAACGCAGAUAUUUGCCGAGAAAAAUACCGUACAUAUGUAGGUAUAUUAUAAUAUAUUACUGAAUUCAGAAACAUCAAACUUGAGAUGCGUAUAAGCUUGAGUUUAUGAAUCGGUACGCAAUAUUGUGUAUCUUCCACGCUCUGUUAGAUCGGUUUCACAUCAGUUGGAGGGAAUAGAAAAAUUUCAAAUGUGCUAAUAAAUUAUCAGGAUUUAAUAUAUUUUCAUAAAUAGAAACAAACUACUUAUCUCAUGCUAGAUUUCAAUAUCCGUUUAUUCUAUUUGACAUAAAUUUUCGUCCCCUCAUCCGUUUUGAGAGAAAUAUCGAGUGCUUUGAAGCAUCGCAAUUAUUGACAAAUUGCAUCUAAAUUAUUGACAAAGAUAGAUGUGACGAUAAUAUGUCGUUUACCUUUUCCGCACUUGAUGAGCGACGGCGAGCUGGUUCAUCAAAUGUUGAGAAGCAUGUGAGGAUUGAAUCUAUGUUGUUAAAAAUCAAAAUUUAUGUUUAUCUAAUUAAUAAUAAAAAUAUUAAUGAUUUCAUAGUAUCAAAAAUUGCAGCGGUUUACCUGUCGUAGGGAGAGGGGCUGUUUCGUUGUUAGAUUACUGUUUGUAUUUCGGGAUCUAAUGUUUGUUUUGAAUAAUAAAUGAUAUUUAAAAUUGGUCAACUUCGACGACAUCAAGCAGUUUCAAUCUUGAGUUGAAUUUAUCAUCAACAUCACUCGUAUUUCUCCGUUUUCUGACAACUUUGUUAGUCAAAUGGAAGUACAAAAGAUGUUGUCUGUAAAUAAAUUGAACGCGUUGUACUAAGUAUGCGAAAGAGGAGGAAAAAAGUGGAAAAACAAAACACUGGGCAUAGGAUUAAUUAUGAAUUUAUAGCAGUUGAUCUUCUUCGCCUGAUUAGUCUUGCCUGUAGUGAUAAAUGAUUCAAAGCAUCAGCAGGAUUACUCGCCGUACUUGUGGAUGAAACUUUCUUGAUAAAUGCUGCGUUUGGCGUCAUCAGAAAAUGGAUUAUUUCAUCUCUAUCCGCCCAUUAAUGCGUUAAUUUUGAAAUGUGUCAACGCAAAAGAAAAAUGAAAGGAAAAUUGAUGUUUUUGAAGUUAGUCUAUUUUCAUAAAAAAAAAAAUUAAAAAAAAUGGCAGAGGUAAGUAGUGAUAAAUAAUUUAUGAUUGAUAUGAGAUCUUGUAAAUAAUAAUAUUAUGCCUCUAAGAUAUCGAUUUUCCUUCUGUUUGUCUUAUUGCCACUGUGCUAAUAAUCGAUUACAGGAAACUUAUAAACAGCUAUGUACGUUUGUAUGGCAUUAACAUUGUAUAAUUAGGGGUUGUUGAUUCUAUGAAUUGGCAGAGAACUAGGGAUACAAUAUUGCAAGAUAUGGGUUGAAAAAUUCUGUCUGCUAUAGUGAUUGUAUCUGACCACAAAAUGAAGUUUGUAUUUAUUGCUAGAGAAUAUUUAAAAAAAAUUGGCUGCAUGCACCAUUCCGCAAUGAGAGUAAGAGAAGCCAUAACAAAUCCUUAAGAAAAGUAUUUUUUUUUCUGUUUUGUUUUUGUAUUAAAAUUGAAAUAUCGUAGCAAUCUUUCAUGUUUGCAAUAAUGAAAAAACUUUUCUAUAAUUAAAUUGAUUAAAAUAGACUUGAAUCAAAUCCUAUCUAUUUUAUACAUAAGUUGAACAAACUCAACAACGAUCAUGAUUUGUUGGCAGUUGUAAAAAAGAAUUCUUUUUCUCUAGCUAAUUUUAACAUUGUCUCUGAAUAUAUAGACUAUUCGACUGGAAAAUUAUCAUGGCACUGAAUCGUAUUGAUUCAAUUAAUUAAACUUUAUAGCAGACUUUUAUAUACAUGUAUACUAUAUGAAUAAUGCCUAUCAACAUUUGUAUCAACUUUAAGUUCGCUGCCUGCUACGGUUGAUGAAAAAGUACCAGCCCACGUCAAGUCUGAAAAUCUAGUGAAAUUUUUACUGCAUAUGUCCACAACAUUUUUGACCUCAAAAUUUUAUAAACAUAAUGUUAAUCGAUAUUAUUACCAAUAUCUUUUCUGAUGAAUGAAUAUUUAUGAUAAAAAAAAUUUAAGUCAAAUUCAAAUUUUCAUCUUGUGUUAGAUUAGCAAGCACCAUUCUUCUUUUCGAUCUUGGGGAAAUUGAGAUCGUUUCGAUACUAUUUACAUUCGUAGUUUUUCAAGGGAAUCAUCAAUUAUAACCGGAUAAACAAUUGAAUAACUAUUUGCUAAUGCUGAUAUAUGUUUAACAAUUCUAUAAUACAGUAUAAUCAUAAAUUUAUGGAUGAACCAAAGAAAAUCUGCCAUUCUAACAACUGUUAUGUGAUUAAAAUCAACCACCGAUGUUGCUUUUUCUCUAUGAAUUUAAUAAAAUUCCUGUAUGUGUGUUCUGAAAACUGUAACAUUUGUGGACCGAUAAGAACUUCGAAUGUAAAUAGUAGUAAGGUAGUAUUAUAGGUACAUAAUGUUAUAGUAAUAGUCCUGUCAGACUAGAUGGUCCGCAGUGAAUAAUUAAUUUGUAAAUUAUGUUCAAAGAUCUGUUAGCACUUCCUGAUUUGUAUGUGUUUCCGAUUGUGUAUGCAUAUGUAUAUUGUUGCAUUCUGAAUUUCUAAGUAUGAAUAAAUCAAAUAUGAGUAUAA